AUGCGGUCCCUGGGCCUAGUUAUUGCGCUGCUGCCCUCCAAGCCUUUGAGCUUUCCAUCUCCCUCUUGUUCAGCAACUCCAGAAUGUGCAGUGCUCAACCUUGUCGGGGAUUGCUGUCCACACAUCAGCGGGAACUACCUGGACUGCUGCACCCCUUCAAGGCAGUGCUCCAACAAUCACCUUUGUGCGGCCCGGGGAUUGGGAGGCCUAUGCUGUCCCAAUGAUGCUGGGCACCUGUUGGACUGCUGCUCUGAAACCAAGCUCCCGCUGACUACGGCAGCUCCCAGAACUUCCUCUCUGGCGGCCACUGAAAGCGCAGAUUCACAGAUUGGCCUUGAGAGUGCCAACGAUGAGCACAGCAGCCAGAGAUCGGAAGCAGAGGAGUUUCAAGUCCCCGGAGGGCCAGACAUCAGGGAAGGAGACGAGACCAAACAGCAUGAGAAGCACGGAAGCCGUUUUGGCCCUCUGUCGAUGAUUGGGUUCUUGCUGCUUCUGAUUUGCAUUCCAGGACUUUGUUGCUGGAUUUGCUGGAUCAGAAUUUUGAACAAGCGCAGCCCGGAUAGGUCAGAUAGGGCUCGCGCGCUUCCUGAGAUCAUGGACAUGGAGUCAGUGAGUGCGGUGAGCACUCGAACUGAGGCGACCAGUCAGGUAGAGUCCUCCGCAUGCCAAGUUCAGUCCGAUGAGCUGUACCUCUCCCGUGAUCUCAAGGAGACCGACGUGCCGAUGGCCGUGGGCUGCUGUCCCCAUGUGUGUUCUAGCCAUGCAGGGGGGGGAGUGGUGCAGGCCCCACCUCUCCGCACCGACCCAAGACGAACAAUCAAUAGCGGCUACAAUAGCGGCUACAAUAGCGUCUUGGCUUUGUAA